GAAAGAAAAGACUGGGUCUGAUAUCGUCCUCUCCCUCUCUCAAUCCCUAACCUAGCCGCAAGAUGCUUUCACCGCCGAUAAAUAUGCCUGGCCCCGCAGUCCAGGAUCCGGCUGGAAAAGUCCUUCACCCCGCACCGGAAGUUGAUGCUGAGCCCGAACCAAAGAAACUUUGUGCCCCACCAUCAUAUCCCGGUUGCAAGGCACAGGAUUCUUGUGAUAUAUAUUAUUGCAAUUAUUGUGAUAAAGAGAGCGAUCACAUCACCCCUGAGUGCCCCUAUGAUCCCGAUAAUGUCUAUGAUUCCGAUGAAGAUGAUAUUGACCCGAGAGUUGGAGAAUACCAGGGGGAAAGGGAGGGCUAUUCAUGGAAUUGCUUGUUGGGAUGCGGUGGUCUCGCAGAUUGUUCAUUUGAUCAUGGUAAAACCGGAGGAUUAUAUGGUAAAACCAAAGGAUUCUAUGUUCUCAAGGAUUGUAUCACAUGUGGUAAGGAGGGUCACUGGUGUGAUGAGUGCUCAAUCAAACCAAGAUUUUUUACAUUUACAGAAGAGGCGCAGCUGGGCGCAAGUACUUGAGAUGAAGAAAUUAUGAUAAAUCUUUAGUUAUAUCUGACUGGUACAGGGACUCCCUGAAAUAUUAGGUUUGUGUUUCAAAUAAAUCCUUAUUAUGUAUGUGAUAGUGAUGAAAUUUAUCUAUUUGGCCGUGUCUCAUUCAGAGUAGGAAAUUUGUUUUUGUUAUCACCA